AGUUAACUGUUGUUAGGGGAAAUUCAAACCCUGACAACAGCCGAAGUUUUGGUUCCAAUUUCGAGAUUGUUUUUGAACAUCAGUUUAGUUCUUGGGUCCGCUAUCGUGUCUGAUUUUAAUGAUACAACACAGAAAAUCAAAUCUUCCUCCAGACACCUGGGUCUUCCUUUAGAAUGGCUUCCAAAGACAGUGAUAUUGAAUCUGCCGUUUUCCCAAAGCAAGAAUUAAACGGAUAUGGACUCAACUUUGAUGAUUCUACAGAAAGCCUGUAUGACUUCUGCCGUGCAUCUUUGCAGUCGGUUCUGAACAUGGACACCGAUACUGGCAGCCACUGUCAAUGUAAAUGCCAUCCAAGGAAAUCUACAGAAGGUCUUGAAGGAAACGAUUAUGAUGAUGAUGUAGAUAACGAUGAUUACGAUUCUGCUGAUGAUAGAAGUCGUUCCAAAUCAAACGUGAUUGGUAUUAUGCAAGAACUUCAGAAAAUUAGUGCCAAACUCAAGGAAGAAAAUCAUGUUUUGACUGAGAAAAAGAAAGAUUUAUUGAGACGAGAACAAUUGCUUUCGGUUUCACAGAAAAACUUCCAAACCAUUAUUGAACUGGAGAUUAAGCGGAAGAUGGAAGGUAUUGAGAAGAGUUUCAAGCAAGAACUUGAGAAAUCUCUGAUCCAACUAAAAGAGAAAAUCAAAGAAAACAAACGUCUUCGUGAGAAUUUUGAAACCCUAAAGUCUACUAAUGAAGUGCUGAGAAGUGAGGUAGAAACUUUAACCCACGAACGGACCAAAUGUGAUAAACAAAUCAACAGUUUACAGGCCAGGUUAACAAAUUUGCAGCGACUUUAUGAACAGAAUCAAAAACAGAUAGUACCCAGCUUGGCAAUUGAUGUAAAACAAGAGACAACCAGUUCCAAGACUGCCAAAAGCUCGACCGAAAAACCACACAAGAAAUCACUUAAAGCUUCUAAGGUUCUGCAGUGUAUUGGUGACCUCUUGCCCUCUCUACUGAUGUGGCUAGUUGACAUGCAGUUGGCUGCACCUUUGAGAAACUCAGUCGCUCACCUUCCGCAUCAACUCAACAUACCUGAAAGCAGCAUCAUCAGGAAACCAAGAUCGAUCUCAGAACGUUGCUUAAAGGUGAUUCCUGCCCUUGUUGAGUUCCUUCGUGAAUAUCCUUCCUUUUCGGGAUCAGUUUCCUUACCCUGUCUCCAGUUUGUUUAUUGGGCCAUCAAAAAUCUUGAAGACAGUCCCAACCAAUCAAAAAGUGGACUCAGUUCAACUUUGAGACGUCUUGGAGAAGAGCUGUACCAUUCCAGAGCUUCCACUACUGCAAGAAUUGCAGAAGAGGAUAUACUGAUUGAGCAGAAGGAUGCAUUCCCACCUCUGCCAAAUACUGGCAAAGAAGGUUUGUUCUUCAAGAGUUCUGAUUGCCAUGUUCGUCUGCUGUGUGCCCUGAUUGUCUUGAAAACUGUGUCGCAAGUGGAUUUCUUAGCCAAUGUACUUGAUGACCUGAAGAAUGAACUGAAAUCUGACCGUGGUAAAGAAUUGUUCCUCUUUUAUCAAGGGAUUCCUGUUGUGUUGCAGUAUUUGAAACCCAUUCACAAGACUCUGGUUAACAAUGCCAUUGACGUGUUCUUGCCAUUGACAAUGGAGUCUCCUCAUUUGAACCAAUUCCUAACGAGUUGCAGCAAUGAAACCUGGUUCCGGACGGUUGCUGUAGUGCUGCGUGCAGCCAAUAUGGAUGAUAAAAUAUUUGAGAAACUCAGCAUCAUUUUGCAGAAACUCUCAAAAAUUCGACAUAACAAAAAGCUGUUUGAUGUGUAUUCCAUCACAGCAUUGAUCCAAGAACUAAGUCGUUCCACUUCUACUAGCAGUUCUAAUCAACAAGACUACUCUUUCCUAGAAUUGAACCUGCGCUCUAUCCUUUUCAAUCUCAACUCCGUUGGCUUAUCUAAUGUCAGUACCACAUGACCAGAAUAUUUACAUCAAAACUGGCAAUGCCUAUAGGAACAAACUUACAUUUGAGUCCUGUUCACCUCAACCCUACAUGUUUAUCCUACAUGUCACUCCUCCAUAAGACUUCUAUAUGUUACUGAUACAGGUUAUGGCAACAUGUGAUCCCUAUUCAUUGCUCUUAUGUUCUAAUUCUACAUACCAGAACAAAUCCUGCUUUGUUCAAAAAUUAAAAAAACCCACAUGUGAAAAACUUAUGACAAAAAUCUACAUGCCAAAAUCUUCAUAUUAGUCUUCCUGACAAACUUACAUGUAACCACAUGUGAAAGCCUUCAUGUAAGCUAUUUAUAUUAACCCCUAAAUAAUAACUCCACAAGACUUAAAUGAGAUAAAGAAUUUGUUUUUAUCCAUUCAAAGAGUAAGAAGAGAGGAAAUAGUCAUAGCUAUUGUUGACGCCAUUAUGCGUCUCUAGUGUACAGGAUCAGGAAGCUGGAAUUUAUUUGGAGUGCAGAGACCUUCCCUUUCUUAAUGAGAUGCUAGUUCUUGCAGAGUUACACUUCUUUUCUUCAGUGGUGACCGGUACCUGAAAGGUGAAUGCAAUGUACUUUAGAAAUGUGAAAAGAAAUGCUUUGGUCAACAUGUAAUUUUAUCUGAAAAUUGAAUCCACAAUUCAAAAUUUAUGAACCCAACACUUGACCUACAAGACCAAUUACCUUCACAGGGAUAAUAAUUUGGAAAGAUUAAUGCAGCAAAUAAAAAAUUUGAAGUAUUGCAGUUUUUAAAAUGGGAGAAAAUGAUGUGUAGAACAGACCUGGAGGAAAGCCAUUCUAAAAGACAGACUAAGAGGAAAGCCAUUCUUUAGAAGAAAAAUUACUGUAUUUUCUGGCAUACAAGUUGAACUUUUUGGACCAAAAUUUAGAACCACAAAAGGCAGGUUGAUUUUAGACACCAAGAUGACUUUGGCGGACCAGAAAUUCCAUGCAAAAUGUAGCAGGAUUUGGAAAGAUAGUGACAAAGUUUGAAUGUGUACACAAUAUAUAAUGUUGACUUGUAUGCUAGAAAAUACAAUAGAGAAAGAAUACAGAUCAGUAUUUCAAAUUCAAGAAAGGCUAAGAGAAGUAUUGAAUAAAAGGGGGAUCGUGGGGGUGGAUUUAUAUGGUGGUGGUCAUUAGGUUAGCACUUUUGGACCAUUUGAUUGCUUCUAUCUGGGAAGAGCAAAAAUUAUGAAGAUGGAGAAAGGGGUCUUCCACAGGACCGUCAGGAUUAUGUUUCGUUGAUGCAAAUGUUUUUUGAGUGUAUCCUGCUGGUCUUCUCUGUACUUUGUCGCCAUCUUGGCAAUAUGUUUAUGAAACAACACAUUGGUACUCAUAAUUCCCAGCUCAUGUACUGAUUCCAAAUGACUGUCAGAAGGGUGAGUCCAUCAUAAUAUAGUAUGUAUAUAUGUAUAUAUAUUUGGGUGUGUGUGUAUGUGUGAUAUAUUGGUAAAAGGUGUAAAAUGUCAAAGAAGAAACCACAAAAACCAAAAGAAAAAACCCAAAUGCUUUCAAAUAAAAAUACUCUGUGGUGUUUUCCCACUUUUUUUAAUGUUA